AUGAGAACUCCAACAAAGGUGAAAAGAAAGGACUCUACUCCAGAUGAACAUGAAGAACACGUUUUGUCUUCGUUGUUACAAUCAUGUAAUGAAGAUGGUCGAUCACGAGUUCUCUCUAAAUUUGCGGAACACGAGUGCGAAAAAGUAGAUCGUGCUGUUGAAUUAGUGCUAAAAUACCAGGAACGCGUUAAAAAAUAUGACAGUAGAAAAAAUGUGAAAAGCGAUUUGAAUGACGAGGAGAUAGAGCAACUUUACAUUGAUCGUCUUGAUGCUGGUUUGUACACCCUACAAAGAAUAGUUUUAAUACUGGCAGAUGUUUGCGUUAAUGGUUCUUCAGUGUGUCGAACUCGAGCUUUGAAAUUUGGUAGUAUUCUUUUGCAGAUAUUGGAAGAAUACGAAAUUAAUUUGGGUGCAGAGGCCGAGGAAGAAAGGAAAAGGGUACGGCUACUUAUGGCUCGAUUGAGUUCGUUAGAGAAGACGCAAACGUAG